GCCGCCGCUAUAAGGUUCAACAAACCACCACCGCCACGACUUCUCGCAGCAGCUGAUGUGCAUUUUUAUAUUUACGUAUUAUUGAGAAAUUGUUUUGCGUACGUGAUGUGCACCGUUUAUCUUUGAAAAGUAAUUUUAGUGCGACGACGAGUGUUUCGAAGAGUAAUGUUAAAGAAAAAGAGGUGUUGCGCAGAGACGCGCCUCGAAUGUUUCAAACGAUUGCAUUUGAAAACAUCAUAUCAUUAAUUUCGAGUGUUGUUGGUGCAAGUGUCGCAGCAAAUAAACAUUCAAGCUCUCGCCGAUUGCAGUAAAGUAUCAUUAUGUAAAACAGUGAAAAGCCAAAGCUUAUCAGCUGCCAUAAAUAACAAAAAAAAGAAACGGAUUCACGAAAAGCGAUAAGAAAUAUGAAAUAAGAAAUAUUUCGAAGGAGCUCGAUCGGAAAGAAAAAUUGAAAAAAAAGUAAAAAAAAAGCACAUCGACAACAUUGGCAGGCAGCUCGUUUUGCGCUUGGCGUGUGGCGCAGCGAUCGUAUAAUAUACACAGUACGCACACAGAGAAGAGCCAGAGCAACAGCACUACACACAGUAUCUAUAUACAGCUAUAUAGACCGCCUCGCGAGAGCUUUACCACCACUUUUCUCUCCUUCUCUCUCCUUCGCUCUGCUUGGUAUAGCGUUGUGCCGUGCAGUGUGUGUGCGCGUCUGCUAGGUUCGCGCGCGCGGCCACUGCUGCGUCGGCGGCGGCGGCAACGACGAACGAACGAACGAACUGCCACCGCCAAGAGAGAGAGAGGGACUCGGCUCGGAAAUCAGUCGACGUCGAGAACUCGAGUGCGCGCGACGAGAGCGACUAUGUAGGCAGGCUUUUUUCUGUUCUGCUCGCAACAACACACUCUGGCUUCGAUGCGCGACUCUAUACGUACUGCUUUUAAAAACUGUCGUAUUAUAUAAAUUAUAUAAAAUAGAACGAUUCGAUAGCCAACGGCAGAGAAGAGACGAGGCUGAAUAACGUAACCGCAUUGCGAAGAAAAAAACGUAGGCACAGUGUCAAUUGUUUAUUUACACGUUAUCGUACUCUCGGCUGGUUAAUAAUAAAAAAUAACAUGCGCUAAAACACACGGUGGUCGAUCGCGUGUCGCGAAGCAGUGCAAAUCGUCGGCGUCGUCGUCGUUUGUUAUGAUCGUAAUCGUUGCCAGCUGACAGCCGCACACACCGUCGUGAGUGAGAGAGAGAGAGAAAGAGAGAGAGAGAGAGAGAGAAAGAGAGAGAGAGAGAGAGAGAGCGAGAGAGAGGUAGAGGUAAAUAUAGAGAAGAGUCGUUGAUCUUUGGGACGAUCACGAUGACGGACGUAGCCAACGAGAAGGCGUUCAACCCGAGGAACAACACGUUCGCUUCCUUCAGCACGGCCAUGGAGAUGGUGCGGGCCCGCAGGAAGCAGCAGCAGCAGCAGCGUGCCCAGACGCAGCAGCUGCGCAAGCAGCGCUACCUCGACGACAUGUACGGCUACGCGGACCAGCUGUCGCGGGCCGGGCGUCUGCACGAGGCCCUGGCGCUGUACCAGCACUGCGUGGAGUACUGCGCGCAGCAGGGCAUACAGCCGCCGAGCGCCGAGAGGCUGCGUCACUUCGCCGGCGCCCUCCUCGAGGAUCUGGUGCCGAGCAUGGCCGAGGCCGCGGAGGCCGCCCACGAGCGAUCCAAUCAGCAACAGAACAAUCGUCUGUGGGCCUCGCUCGCCUGCCCGAGCUGCGAGACGGCCCUGUAUCAUCCGGUGACGCUCGACUGCGGCCACACUUACUGCAAGCCGUGCUUGCGGCUCGAGGACAGCGGCAACGAUCAGCAGAACCGAAGACGGAGGCGCAAGCCCCGCUGCAAGCUCUGCAUAGAGAGCAGGCGGACUACCGCGAGUGCUUACGGUGUCGUUGGUGCUGGUGCUGUGUUCGACGACGACGAUUAUGAUUACGUCGACGACCAUGAUGUUAGUAGUAGUAGUAAUAGUAAUAAUGGGUGCAACGAGAUCAACGUUCUGGUGCAGAGGCUGGCGGAGAAGUGGUGGCCGCGCGAGGUCGAGGCCAGCCAGGCCAGGCACGAGGGCGACGCGCUACUCAACAAGGGACACAUACAGCAGGCCUUCGAGCGCUACGAUCUCGCUGUACAGCUUGCGCCGAACAGUCCAGUCUGUCUCUGUAGCAGGGCGCACGCACUUCUGCUGCUCAACAGGCCGCAAGCUGCUCUCGACGACACGGAUCGCGCUCUCCGACUGCGACCGGACUGGGGCAAGGGUAAAUACGAGCGAGGCCUGGCCUUAUCGGCGCUGCGCAGAUACGACGAGGCACUGGUGGUGCUGGGGGCGAGCGCCGUCCUCGACAAAAACCCAUACAGAGCGAGGAACGAGUUCGCGAGGGUACUGCACCGAGUGAUACUGGACAACGCGAUCGAGAGACAACGCGCCAGGGCCGCCAAACACCUGCAGCGCGUCAAGAGUGUGUUUGGCCGCGACCGAUCGCUCUACGAUCCCUAUCGUCGCUCGUCGCUGCAUCUUCAGCCACAUCGGAUCGGUAUCGAUCCUCUCAAUCAUCAUCGUCAUCGUCAUCAUCGCGACAUCGACGCCUCGCUCAACGACCAGACGUCUGACUGCGAGGACAACAAUAGCGGAGGCGAGGACGACUUUCAACAACAGAACGACUAUCGAAGGCCGCUAGUAACUCAAACACAACCGAAACCUCAGGACAAUAUGAAAUUGUGCUCCAUGGUCGACAGAUUAUCCCACGAAACGGAAAAAUUAAAGCGACUGGAAUCGUCACCCUCGGAAAUUCUCCUACCGCCACCGAACGGCGGCUCGGCCGGCGGCGACUUGGACUGCAUACUCUGCUGUAGGCUCCUCUGGAUGCCCGUCACGACGCCGUGCGGACACACCUACUGCUGGACCUGCCUGGACCGCUGCCUCGAUUACUCGUCCGCCUGUCCGCUCUGCAUGACUUCCCUGGCAGAUUACCUGGCGAACAGCCAGAAGAGCGUCACGGACUUCGUGGAGAAGGCCCUGCUAUGCGUCGCCCCGCAGGAGUACGCGGCUCGCUCCGCUGCUCAACGCCAAGAGCUGGUGCAGCCGCUACCCCCAGCCCUGACCCAGGUCGGCGAGCAAGUGGCCGUGUUCGUCUGCACGACGGCCUUCCCGUGCACGGCCUGUCCGCUCUUCGUCUACGAGCCGAGAUACCGGCUGAUGGUGCGUAGAUGCCUCGAGUCCGGGGUCAGACAGUUCGGCAUCGCGGCCUGUCUGCAGCAGAGGCCGGACGGAUAUCUGGAUCUGGGCGCGAGGAGAUACGCCGAGUUCGGGACGAUGCUCGAGAUCAAGGACCGGGUGCUGUUGAAGGACGGAUGCAGUAUUUUGAGCACAGUCGGUAUGAAGCGGUUCAGGGUGCUGAGGGGCGGCGAGAGGGACGGAUACGACACGGCCGAGGUCGAGUUCAUCAGCGACGUGCCGAUCAGCCAGGAACAGAUGCACAGCGUCACCGAGCUGCACAAGAGGGUACGAGCCAAGAGCAGCCGUUGGUGGGCUACCGUGCCCUACUGUCAGCGCUCCGAGAUCCGACCGGUCUUCGGCGAGUUUCCAGACGUCGAGGCCGACUGGCAGCGACUGCCCGACGGCCCGUCCUGGACCUGGUGGCUCCUGGCCAUUCUUCCUCUCGGUCCCCAGCUGCAGAUCGGCAUCCUGGCCACGACCAGUCUGGAGAAGCGUCUGCGCGCCAUCGAGAAGACCAUCGACCACAUGGAGCAGCGCUGGAACUUACCGAGCGAUCUUGAGGACUCGGACGGCGACGCUGCUAAACAACAAGAGAACAAUUCCCAGGACGAUCAAGACGACGGCAGCGGAGUCUGUCGGGGCAAUCAUUGCAUGAUUCGUCGCUCGCGGCACGUCGACGGCCACCAGAGGUAGUAUCCCGUAGUGACGACGACGACGACGACGACGAAAUCACGACGAUGAAGAAAUAAGUCUGAAUUUAGUUGGAAAUGAGCGGAAAGCACCGAGAGUCUCUCAUGCUCGUGCUGGAGGCUCACACUCAAACUUUUUAUUCCUUAUUAUUAUUAUAAAUAUAUUCUACAUUAUACAUAUCUCGUUUUUAAGGGUCUUACCUUCUGGUAAAAUAUACGUAAAAAACUCUCGAAUUAAGAAUAAAACAACAAACAACUAAUUGUAUACGUAAGAAAAAAGAAAAGAAUCGACGCAAUACAGUAACAAACAAAAAAAUACGAGUAAAUCCGUUCUUCCGAUUGACAAAUUUCUCUUUGUUUCUCUUAGCUCAAAAACUGAUCAGAGAAAAACGAUUGUACAUACUUUAUGAUAUAAUAUAUUGUAUAAAUUCUUCGUGUGCUUUGCGUAUGUUACAUAAUGUAUGCAACUGAAUCAUUCGUCUUUUUCUCAAAUCUUCGUCUGACACACAUUAUUAUUAUACACACGCGGUAUCACGAAAACAAAAAGAAAGAAAAAGAAAAAAAAGGAAAAAAACAUAAUCUAAGCUAAAGUGAAUUUCAAUAUAUAAAUAAUAUACGUAAAAGAAAACUCGUAGAUUUUUUAAAUGGCUGAUAAACUUGUAUAAUCUUCAAAUGACGUCGGCUAUGAUCAAUAUAUUAUUUCAGAAUAUAUAUAUUAACCAAGCCAACUGUCGAACGUGAUAAGACUGCAUGCCUUUUCCUGCGAAUAGAUAUUCAAUAAGCUCGAUCGUUCGUUCUCUCCGAACGAACGAAUCAAUCAUGUAAUAAUGUUUUGGAUUUUCUAUGUCAUUGUGUUUUUGCUCUCCUGUACCGAAUGAAACAGAAAAUAAUGUAUUGUAUCAAUUCGAGAGAAAAAAAAUUGUAACGCGUGAAUUGGUGUUUAUUAUCGACGAUUCGUCGCUCUUAAAUUAUAUAUAACAUUAUAUACACAACUUUUGCUCUGUCUCCUUGUUUAGAUGUAAAUCGUAUGACGAUAAUAAUUCUUAGUUUUAAUACCUACCGUAAGUUUAAAGACUUUUUUACUAGUUAAAGAAUAAAUUAAAACACAGUACCUUUCGUAAGAAGUAUCUCAAUUUGUAUAAAUUAAUCCUAUCGUAAUUAUUUUUUCUCAUCUCACGUCAAGUUUCAUGUUAAUCGUAAUUUUUAUACGAAAAUAUGCGAUGGUUAAAAAUUAGCUUGAAAGACUCGAUAUUAUUAUACGAUAAACGAUUGAAACAAUAAAUAUAGUCAUAUUUAUUGUCACUGAUUGAUUUUAAGCUGAUUAAUUAUUAGAGCCAACUCCUAAGGCUGCGAUAGGAAGCGAGAGAAAGAGAGAAACGUCAUAUCAAUCAUACAAUCAAGAGUAUUUAAAAAGAUGAUAUAUUGUGGAGCUAUAUUAUGAUUGUAAAUGAUAUUUGAAAAAAAAAUUCGCUUUUCUCUUUGACUUUGAUCACUUUGAUUCCUUACGUUGGUAAUUGUACAAUAUUAGUUCUACAAAUCAAUUUAUUUUUAUUUUGUAAAUGAUAUAAUGUAAGCUUGAAUAAAUGUAACGAGGCGUACAAUUUAUUUUUAGGUGAAGCAAUUUUUUUUAUAAUUUUUGUAAGAGAAAAAAUGUGUGUUGAAUUUAUUCUAGUAAAAUGUAAUUUGAUAGAUCGAUCGUAUGUAUCUUUUUCCUUUGAGAGUUUAAAAAUUGUAGACACUCGCAAAUCAUCCAAUUUCUCGGAUAAAAAUCUGUCAAAAAACUUAUCCAAUGUUUUUUUUUCUUUAUAUAUCGAUGUACACACUUGUAUGCAAGAAAGUUUGUAAAUCAUAUGCAUUGUGAUAUUAUUGUAUAGCCUAUCUUGAUAAUAGUGUUGCAAUUUCCGCGCGUACGAAGAGAAGGAGGAAGGAUCUUAACGUUCGACUUUUUCCAUUUUUACUUUUAAAAAAGCAUCUCAAUUUAUAAUUAUACCUUCACGCAUACACACAGACUUCAUAUCAAUCUUAUUACAAUAAAAUUGUGAAAUUGACUGAUGAAUCUUA